UGUGUUUUUCUAUCACUGCAGCAUCAGCAGAGGAAAGGGGCACGAUCAUUUUCAUAGAGAAGAGAAAGAAAAGACACAAGUAGAUCAGGAAAAGAGGGCGAAAAGGACGGGCCGACAGAGCCAAGGAGCAUCACUCUGCAGAGCAGAGACCAGCAGGAGGGCGUGGACCUGGUUUGAAGAACACUGAAGGAGAGGGGAAAACAGAGGGAGAGGACAAGAAGAUCAAAGGCAUAUGAGGCAAAGCCAAAGCCUCUUGCUCAAGAAACAUAGCCUCACACUUGCACGAGUCUGUGUGUGAGUGAAGGUGCUCUCUGUGUGCAUUUUACUGUAAGUGUGUGAGCAGGUGGGACUUUGAUGGGACAGUGAGCAAUGCCUGACACGCAGCGACAGCAGGUUGGCAGUAGGGGGCAGUGCUCCAGCUGCCUCCUCCCCCUUGUCCUCAUCCUUCUCUCCCUUGCAACCCAGCCCAGCCAAGCAGCCAUAAAUAUUCCCCCCAAUUACCGCAUAAGAGAUCUCAAGAGGCCUCCAGUGAUCAAAACACAGCCGGAGUCUGUCACCGUAUUUAGCACUGAAGACUUCGUCAUGAACUGUGAAGCCUCUGGCAACCCUUCACCCAUCUUCCGAUGGGCAAAGGACGGGGAAGACUUUGACCCAGGCAGUGACCCGGAGCUGAAGGUCUCUGAAAGCUCUGGCUCAUUCGCAUUCUACACACUUAGCAACACCAUGGACACACUGAACAAGUACAAAGGCAAAUACGUUUGCUACGCAUCCAAUGAGCUGGGGACAGCUGUGUCUAACGAGGCCAUACUGAACACGGAUGUUCCCCCCUCCCAGCAGAAAGAUAAAAAGGUUGAUGAGACGGCUGACGAGGGAAAAAGUUUUAUUCUGAAGUGUAACCCCCCACAAAGUUCUAUGGAGCCUAUCAUUCACUGGAUGGACUUAAGGUUACGUCAUAUCGACCUUAGUAAGCGGGUGAUGGCGGGGAAGGACGGCAAUCUGUACUUUGCCAAUCUGGAAAGUUCGGACAGCAGGGAUGACUACACGUGCAAUGUCCAGUACCUGGCAACACGCACGAUUCUGGCAAAAGAGCCCACCUCUCUGAAAGUCACCCAAUCCAACUCGGUACUGCGGAACAGAAGGCCCCAAAUGAUGAGACCUACUGGACAUCACAGCACGUACCAUGCCCUGAGGGGACAGACACUAGACCUGGAGUGCAUCGUCGAAGGCCUUCCAACUCCAGAAGUGUCCUGGAUGAGGAGGGAUGGCGAGCUGUCAGAAACUCGGACCACCAAAGAUAUGUUUGACCGCCGCUUGCGCUUCACUAAUAUCUCGGAAAGUGACGGGGGUGAAUACCAGUGUAUAGCUGAGAACUCCCAAGGAAACACCAAACACAUUUACAUGUUGACUGUGGAAGCUGCACCUUAUUGGAUCAAGGAGCCAGUCAGUCAGCUAUAUGCCCCAGGUGAGACAGUCAGAUUAGACUGUCAGGCAGAUGGCAUUCCCUCCCCUAUCAUCAGCUGGACCAUCAACGGGGUCCCCAUCUCAGGAGUUGAUAAGGACCCUAGACGUACUCUGACAGCAAGCGGAUCUCUGAUCCUAGAGGAUGUGAACUUUGGAGAUACUGCCAUCUAUCAGUGUCGGGCCUCCAAUAAACAUGGAACCAUCCUCACAAACACCAAUGUUUAUGUUAUCGAGCUGCCUCCCCAGAUCCUUACCGAUGAUGGGAAUACAUAUGCGUAUACAGAGGGCCAGAAGGCUUUACUGGAGUGUGAGACCUUUGGCUCUCCUAAACCAAAAGUGAUAUGGGAAAGAAACAACGGCAGCUCCUUCCUUCUAGCAGAUCGCAGAGUUAACCCUCUCAGCAAUGGGUGGCUCGAGAUCGCUAACGUCACCCACAGCGAUGACGGGAUCUACACCUGCACUGUGCCAAAUUCCAAUUUGUCAAUCAGUGUUGAGCUGGAAAUAUUCAAUAGGACCGUGAUACUGUCACCCCCACAGGCUCUGAAGGUCCGGGCUGGAGAGAGAGCCAUUUUCACCUGCCUGGGCCUCGUCGACCCCAGACUCGACCCUCCUUUCAUUCAGUGGAGAAAGAACAACCAGAAGCUGGCUGAUUCCAACAGUGAUGAAAAGUAUACAAUGGAAGGACCGGAUCUCAAAAUAACUAAUGUGCAGCCAGAUGAUGAGGGAGUGUACACCUGUGAGAUCAUCACAAAACUGGAUGUAGCAGAAGCCAGGGGUACCCUCACCUUAUGGGAUCGUCCAGACCCUCCCAUCCUCCUACAGAUCUCUGAUCCUAAGGAUCGUACUGUCACCCUCAGCUGGACUCCUGGAGAUGACCACAACGGCCCAGUGACAGAGUAUGUGGUAGAGUUUGAGGACCACCGUUCGAAUGAGAGCGUCUGGAAAAUGCUGGCCAGAGUUAGCGGAAACAAAGAACGUGCCGUUCUCUCCCUGUGGCCCUUCAUGUCCUACCGUUUCCGGAUCAUUGCCAUCAAUGACGUGGGCAAGAGCGACCCUAGCAAACCAUCUGGAAUAUACAACACACCCGCUGAAGCUCCAGAUAAUAACCCUAAAGAUGUCAAGAGCGAGUCCAUUGAACCGAACACUCUGGUCAUCAGCUGGAAGAAAAUGAACAAAACCGAGGUCCACGGACCUGGCUUCAAGUACUGUGUGCAGUGGAGACAAGCAGUGGGUGGUGGGCCCGACUGGCACGAGAAAAAUGUAACAGAGCCGCCAUUCCGUGUUGACAAUGUCGGGAACUUCUCUGCGUAUGAGAUUAAAGUUCAGGCUUUCAAUGAGAUAGGGAGGGGACCUGAGCCAGACACAGUCAUAGGCUACUCAGGAGAAGAUGUUCCUUUAGAGGCCCCGAUGGAUGUGGGUGUUGAAAUAAUAAACAGCACUACAAUCAAAGUGACCUGGGCACCUAUAGACAAAGACACGGUCAGAGGACACCUGCUGGGAUACAAGAUCCACUAUACCAGGAAAGUGCAUAGGAGCCACCACCGAGGCCGCAGGGCACAAGAGUUAGAAAGCACUGUGGUGGUGAAAACGGAGCCCAACGAGAAGAAGAAAGUGAUCAGUGAUCUGAGGCCGUUCUCCAACUACACCCUUAAGGUGACUGUAUACAACAUAAAGGGAGAAGGACCCUUCUCUGAGGCGCUGCCCUUUGAGACUCCAGAGGGAGUCCCUGGUCCUCCCUUGACCCUGACCCUAGACAGCCCAUCAGAGACAGAAAUGACCCUCCACUGGACACCUCCUGGACAGCCCAAUGGAGUGCUUAUUGGAUAUCUGCUGCAGUACCAACAGAUUACAGAGAGUGAUGACAGCCCCAUGCAGGUGGAGACAAUAGAUGACCCCACAGUCACCCACAUCACCCUGAAGAACCUGGACCAUAAGAGCCACUACCGUUUCUACCUCAGGGGGCGGACUGCUGCUGGGGAUGGAGUACCAACAACGAUGAAGGGUGCCACUAUGCUGGAUGGAGUAGUUCCUAUGAACAUCAGCCUGUCUGUGGGGGAAAACGCAGUGAACUUUAGCUGGGUACCAGAAAAGAGACGCAGGAAUGUUGGCUUCCAGAUCCAAUACCGCAACAAGAACGAUGGCAAUAAAUGGAAGACGACAGAGAAGGUGAACUCCUCUCAGUCUUUCUACCAGAUCCAGGGCUUGACUCCUGGCUCCUAUUAUUCUUUCCAAUUUAUCUACAACAACACAACCUUCUUCAAGACUGGAAUCGAGACAGAAGGAACAGGAGUAACAGAGAUGCAGCCAAGCUUUGCAACACAGGGCUGGUUCAUUGGCGUUGUGAGCGCCAUUGGGCUGUUGUUGCUGAUCCUGCUCAUCCUCUGCUUCAUUAAGAGGAGUAAAGGGGGAAAGUACUCAGUGAAAGAUAAAGAGGAGGGCCCAAUGGACUCGGAAGCUCGGCCCAUGAAGGAUGAAACUUUCGGAGAGUACAGAUCUCUAGAAAGUGAUCUUGAGGAGAAGCGAACAGCCAGCCAGCCGUCCCUGUGUGAGAAGAGCAAGCUGUACAGCGAAGACAACCUCGACUUCAAUGGCAGCAGCGCCAUGACCACAGAGCUCAACAUGGAUGAGUCUCUGGCCAGCCAGAUCAGUCGUCCCAGUGGCGGUCCAGAAGGUUUCCACGGCCUGCCAGAGAACGCCCCGCUGAACCCCACUACCUUCUCUCCCGCCACCAAUGGCGUGCCCAACUCAGUCACCAUCCUCGAUUAACCCCCACACAUCCACCGGGGACCAUCAGACCAAAAUAUGUCAACACGUAUGUGCCCAUAUGCUCCUGUUCCCUACUGACUUGCUGAUCUGUACUCCGACGACUAAUAAACAAUCAUAUUCAGAUGUCCCUGGCAGCCAUCUGAUUGACUAGACUAUAUUGACCAAAGGAGUGUCCAAAGUAGUGGACAGCGAUAGUGAUAUAAGCCCUACUGACAUGAACAUGCCCUUUGACCUCCCUUCAUUUUCCUGUGCAGUUUACAACUAAUGAAAAUGACUAACAUUCAUUUCUCUCGUUCCUCUUUCGUUCUCUCAGCAAACAACAGCGCAGAUGCAUAAAGACAGAAUGUUGUACAGUUAGAAAUAUCAGGGGGUGUAGGUAUGGUCAUGUAAAGAUGCAGAGUAGUGCAUUAAAAGUAAAGGAUGAUGGUAGAACCCAGUGUAGGGAACAAGACAGCUAAUGCUGCUGUAAAAAAAAAUCUUGAAUCUUAGAUAUGAAUCAUGUUUGAUGUACUUCCCACAUGAUUUUGUCUGUCUAAUUGCCAUUUAAUGUCUCCGAUUGUACUUGCCAGUGACAUUUUUUUCAUUUUACGAGCGUGUUUGAAUACCAAACAUCAUUUUUUUGUUGCUGUUGUUGCUGUUGUGUCAUUUUUUGUUACGUAAUCAUUUUUCAUAUUGUUUUCUAUACUAUUUAUAUAAAAAGCUACGGCACAUUUCAUAGAUUAACAUGUUUUCAGCAAAAUCAAGUGAAGCCAAGUUUCUUACUAUUUGGAUGCAUUAAGUGGAACUUGCUGUGAAAAUGCUGAGUAGCAUCUGGUGUAUAUAGCUGCAUCUACACUUAUCUAUUUAGCCAUAUUACAGUAUUAUAGAUCCUUAUAAGUUCCUGUGCCUGCUGGGUCUGCAUAAAGCACCAGAUUGAUGUCAUUACUCUCUCGCCUUCCCACCAGAAGUGUAAUGUCAUUUUUGAAAACGAUGUUGUAAUUUUUUUGUGUGUCGAGACCUAUGUGUAGUUUCUGUAUCGCUGUCUUUGUCUCUUUCUACGCUGUAUUAAAACAUUGUCUCUAAUUAA